AUGGCCGCUGUCACCGAAAGCCAGAUCGCCAUCGUCAAGGCGACGGCCCCUGUGCUCCAAGAGCACGGCGUCACCAUCACCACCGUCUUCUAUGAGAACCUGCUCCGGGAAAACCCGGACCUCCACAAUGUCUUUAGCAGCACUAGCCAGGUGACCGGCCGGCAACCGCGGGCCCUCGCCAGCGCCGUGCUGGGGUAUGCCACAUACAUUGACGACCUCCCCAAGCUGAAGCAUGCCGUCGAGCGCAUCGCCCACAAGCACGUCUCGCUGCAGGUGACCCCCGCGCAGUACGACGUGGUCGGCAAGUACCUGAUUCAGGCCAUCGGGCAGGUCCUCGGCGAUGCCGCCACACCCGAGAUCGUCGAUGCCUGGGUCGCCGCAUACGGUGUGCUUGCUGGUGUGUUCAUCAAUCGCGAGGGCGAGAUGUACAAGGCCAACGCGGCCGAGAACUGGGUCGGGUGGCGCAAGUUCCGCAUCACGCGCAAGGUUCCAGAGAGCAACUCCAUCACGAGCUUCUACCUCACCCCCGUCGACGCCGCCAUCCCGCUGCCCACCUUCUUCCCGGGCCAGUACGUUAGCCUGCAGGUCUUCGUCCCGGAGCUGGGCUACCUCCAGAGCCGGCAGUACUCUUUGAGUGAGGGCCCCAACCCCAAGGGCGAGUACUACCGCAUCAGCGUCAAGAAGGAGGAGGCCAUCGCCGAGACCGGCGUCCCCGGCAUCAUAUCCAACAUGCUGCACGCCAAGUACGCCGUCGGCGACGAGGUCGAGCUCUCGCACCCGCAGGGCGAGUUCUACGUCGACCCGUCCGACACCACCAAGGAGGGCGUGCCCGCGGUGCUGAUCUCGGCGGGCGUUGGCGCCACGCCGCUCAAAUCUAUCCUUGACAGCCUCACCACUAGCGCCGGGCGCCCGCGGCCGGCGGUCAAGCGGCCCGUGUCGUGGAUCCACUCGGCGCGGUCGAGCGCGGCGCAGCCGUUCGGCGACGCGGUGCGGCAGAUCUGCCGCGAGAACGAGAGCGUCUCGGCCAACGUGUUCCUGCGCAACCUGGACCCGGCCGACAAGGCCGGCGUGCACUACGAGUUCGGCGACAUGCGCCUCGACCUCGCCAAGCUGGACCACGACCGCGACUUGUUCGUCGGGAACCCGGCUGCCGAGUACUUCAUUUGCGGCCCGGAGCCCUUCAUGAUCGAUGUGCGUUCGGCGUUGGCCGCCUUGGGCGUCGAUCGGAGCCGCAUCUUCCUCGAGUUGUUCGCUACUGGGGAUGUUCCUGCGUGA